UCACAAUUCAGUGUAAUCAAGUUACUUGAUGUAAUCAAUAACAUUCAACUUUUUGAAUGAUUUGAUAAUACCAUAUCACUAGUAUCAUGAUAAAAUGUUCAGUUUAUUGUUUUCAUUGAUUGAAUUAGUUGGAAUCAAGAUGCGUCCAAAGUUGGUUUUAUUCGGGAACGUAAUUUUGGAUUGCACUUUUUGUAUUGAACAAAAUUCCGGUAUUCUGUCAAAAUUCGGGUUCGAUCCAAAUGGAUUGGGAGAGUGUUCAUCAGAAACACUAUCGGAUGUGACCAAAGAUGCAGACAAAACCUGUGAGUUUAUUUCUUCGCAAACGGGCGGUUCAGCAUUGAACACAUCGAAAAUUUUAUCACUUCUCGAUGAAUCAGAAAUAGUGUUUUGUGGAGCAAUUGGAAGCGAUGUCAAUGGUGCUAAAGUAAGAGAGCACCUUGAUAAAGCCAAUUUAAAAGUACGACUUCAAUCAUUCGAUAACCAUCCAACUGGAACAUGCGUUUGUUUAAUCAACAAAGACAAUCGAUGUUGUUAUGCAAAUAUCGGUGCGUCGAUUCAUUUCGAAAAAGUGUAUUUCCAAAGUCAAGAUUUAAUCGAACAUCGUUCUGAGCUCUCGCCAAAAGUGCACACUCAAAUUUUCUACAUCGAAGGUUUCUUCAUAACGGGCCAAAGAUUUUCGGUAUGUAAAUAUAUCGUUGAUGAAGUAUGCAAAUCUUCAGCUGGUGCAAGAAUAUUUGCAACAAAUUUGAGCGCUGAAUACCUCAUUGAGAAUCAUCCGGAACCAAUCAAAUACCUCGCAGAAAGUGCCUCAAUUCUAUUCGGGAACCGAGACCAAUUCAACAAACUGGCUGAAUCGUAUCAAAUGUUUCGUGCUGAAGAUGUUAUAUCGCAUUUAGUCGAAACCAAAUCAAAAGCAAUUAAAGACAAAAUAAUCGUUUGUACACAGGGAGCUGGGUGUGUUUUAUACUCAUCAAGCUCUCAGAUGCUUGUAAACAAAGAAUUCCACUUUGAUCCGGUGCUAAAGGAGAGAAUAAUCGAUACAACUGGGUGCGGUGAUGCUUUCGUAGCUGGAUUCUUCUACGCCUAUCUGAGAAAUAAAUCAAUUGUCAACUGCGUUGCCAAGGGAGUCGAAGUGGCUCUGAAAAAAAUUACCUCGGUCGGCGGCACAAUAACAAGAUAGUAGUAAUUCCCGUUUUCAAUUGAAACAUUGUUGAAUACGUAACAUGAAAUAAAACAAAUGAUUUUUAGUGACUUAUUUUUUUCUUGAAUAUUCUA